AUGGCACACACAACAUUGGAGUCGUUGGCAUCCACAAUCUAUGCGAAUGCUACAGAGCUCAGCAAUAUCGCAAAGGAAAAUGGCAUCAAUCCGAGCCUUGACGACCCUGUCAAGUCAGAUCUAUCCAGCGUAGCACCUUUGGCUAUACGUAAUGAGCUCAUUCAGGCUGCGAAAGAUUUGAUUCAUCUAGCGAUGGGUCCUGCAGACCAUGUUCUCAGUCUAGCAUGGUCGGGUACCGAUGCAGCAAACCUUGACCUUUUGACACGUUUUGAAGUUCCGCAACAUGUCCCAAUCAAUUCAACUAUCUCUUUUCCUGAGCUGUCCAAGGUCACCGGACUCCCAGAGGAUGUCUUGACUCGAGGUGUGCGUUAUGGCAUCGCCAAUGGACUCUUUCGCGAAGCCACUCCCGGUAACAUCGCCCAUUCUGCUGCUUCUGCGGCGUUGUCCAAUAAUCUUCACUUAAGAAACAUCGUCCAUUUUGGUACCGAGUUUCUCCAAAACAUAUUGAUGAAGAUCCCCGAAACAAUGAUUAUGCAGACGGACGAAACAACUGACAAGGUGCCCGAGACUGCAUUCAAUCUUGCUUAUCGAACGGAUGAGAACUUGUUCCAAUAUUUUGCCCACUCAACUGAGCUCAAUAGGAAAUACCAUGAAUAUCUCAUGGGUCGUGUCAACACGCCCCUGUGGUCGACUGAUAAACUGGGUGCUGCUUGGGACUGGGCCAGCCUGGGAUCAAAAACGAUUAUCGAUGUUGGUGGUUCAUCUGGUCAUACUGUCCUGGCUAUUGCGCCGUUGGCACCAAAUGCGCAAUUCAUAAUUCAAGAUAACAACACGGAUGCCUUAGAUAUGGGCCGGAAACUCGUGCUGCGUUCGCCAGACUUGAAUAUGCGGUCGCGAAUCACUUUCGAGCAGCACAACUUCUUUGAGGAACAGCCAGUCAUUGCGGACGGUUAUAUCUUCCGACACAUUCUCCACGACUGGAAUGACUCCGAUUCGGUCGCUAUUCUCAAGGCUCUUGUCCCUGCACUGAGACCUGGGGCAAAGGUAUACAUCAGUGAAGGACUUCUUCCAGAUCCGCCAGCGAAGAGAAUCAAUGCCUUGACGAACAAGAUGAUAUUAAUCGAAGAUCAGUUUAUGCUUGCUGCUCACGAUGCCAAGGAGAGAACUUUGGGUGAUUUCGUUCGGCUCUUUGAGCAGGCUAGUCCGAGAUUCCUUCUGAAAGGAGUCACUUCUGGGGCUGAUGCUGGCUCGUUUAACUCACUGCUAGAGUUUGAGUUCCAGUAA